AUGGAUUCGACCGCCCAACUCCUCCAUGCCGCCCACGAACUUCAUGCCCGCGCCGGCGGCAUGGGCGGCAACACAGCCAACCGUCCUGCUUCCUAUAAAAUUAUUGGUCUAGUCUUGGCCAUCUCCUCCGGAGUCUUCAUCGGCUCGUCCUUUGUCAUCAAGAAACAUGGCCUACUGCAGGCCAACAAAAAGUACAACGAAGAGGCAGGCGAGGGUUAUGGAUACCUCAAAAACGCCUGGUGGUGGCUUGGCAUGACGCUCAUGAUUGUUGGAGAGAUAUGUAAUCUGGUCGCAUAUGCCUUUACCGAUGCCAUUCUCGUGACCCCCAUGGGUGCACUGUCGGUCGUCAUUUGUGCUAUUCUCUCCGAGAUAUUCUUGAAAGAACGCCUCAGUUUCGUUGGAAAAGUCGGCUGUUUCAACUGUAUCAUCGGCUCCGUCGUCAUUGCCGUGAAUGCGCCUGAACAAUCGUCCGUCGCCCGCAUUCAGGAUAUGAAGAAAUGGGUCCUUACUCCCGGAUUCCUCAGUUAUGCUGGAGUUAUUAUUGUCGCAUGCGUCGUGAUCGCUCUGUGGCUUGGCCCCAAGUAUGGAAAGCGAAGCAUGAUGGUCUACCUCACCAUCUGUAGUCUGAUCGGAGGUCUUAGCGUUGUCGCAACCCAGGGCCUCGGUGCCGCUGUGGUAGCCCAGGCUUCGGGCACCUACGGUGGACAGUUCAAGGAGUGGUUCUUAUACGUCCUACUCGUCUUUGUCGUAGCCACGCUGUUGACAGAAAUCAUCUAUCUCAACAAAGCCUUGAACCUGUUCAACGCCGCCCUGGUAACACCAACUUACUAUGUCUUUUUCACUUCAGCUACCAUUGUCACCUCGGCCGUCUUGUUCCAGGGUUUCAAAGGUACGCCACUUCAGAUUGUAACCGUCAUCAUGGGCUUCCUUCAAAUUUGCGCUGGAGUCGUGCUUCUACAACUAUCCAAGUCAGCCAAAGACGUCCCUGACUCGGCCGUCUUCAAAGGCGAUCUCGAUCAGGUCCGCACUGUUGCCGAGGUGGAGGAGCCGGAGUACGAGCCACGCGCUGAUACCCUUCGUGGUGGAGCCGCUAUCCUCAGGUCGCUAUCCAAAGCCCGAUCCCACAAGGAGCUUGCCGAGGCUCGCAAGAUCCAAGAAGAGCACAUGCAGCCCAUUGGCGAAGGCGAACAGGUGGAAUUCGACGGUAUCCGCAGGCGCAAGACCGUCCUUGACCCCAAUCGACCACCGACCCGGAACACUACUAUCGUGCAAACCAAGGCCAUCCACCCUCCACUUGGAAUGUCUCAGUUUCCACCUGAUGACUCUGACGAAGACAAUGACAGUUUCCAUCCUGGCUUCUUUCAGCGGUUACGCUCGCGUGGCAAAUCGACUAGCAGUCGAGACAGCUCACAUACACCUGUGCCCGGCAUGGACAUGCACCCACUACCACCCAUCCCCCAAGCCGACGGUGCUUCAGAGCAUGGAUCUGACGGCGCAUCCUACAAAAAGAGCUUAAUGACCCAAGACACAUCCUACAAGCCGCUUGACCCCCACAUCCAGUUUGCCACUCCUCCAUCCCGUCAAGGUGGUUCCGAGUCCCCAUCGUUAGCCCCUCCAACAACCAGACGCCAAUUCUCGUUUCAAAACGUCUUUGGACGCAACCGUCCAGACUCAACUGGAGACCCCAUGUCAUCGUCUAGCAGCAACAAACCCCGCCCAACCAGCCGCCACAGCCGCAAGAGCAGCCGUGACGCCAGAGGCGGUAACGCCACAGCAACCGAAGAAGAGCGUCUCGGCCUCGUAAAAGGCGACUCGUCAAAUCUCCUCCCAAGCAUCAGCCGCACCAGUGACGAAGACGACGAACUUCAUCCCGGACCCAGCCCCCCACGCUACAUGGACGACUGGCAACUUCCACGCACAGAAUCUCCGGCAUAUGAGCCCGAGGUUCCUGUGUCGCAGCCAGUACACUCGCGGACCCAGAGUCAUAGUCGGAGCCGCAAUCAAAGCCAGAGUCGCACAAGGCCCAGGAGGGCCGAUAGCGAUGAGCCGUACGAUGUUGAUUUUGAAAAGGGGGCGUAUGCUAGAUAG